GCUGCCAUGAAGUUCAAUUAGUUAAUUUGCAAGACGCCUUUUCAAUUUUUUGGCUUUAAGCUAGCUACGGGACUUAAAAAAAGGACGAAGUACUUUCCGACAAGUUUCAGAGUCCAAAACACGAAAAGCUAAUGUUAGCCUUUGAAAGCUAACUAAUUAGUUAGCAUUACCUUAGCAGCUAACUUAACCUUAGUUAGCCAAAUUGUUGUGGACAUGCAACUGUUAGCCUUUCCUACAUGACAGCAAAACAAUUUGAAUGACUACUGAAAUAUCAUUUGGGUUUUACUGCGGAUGGAAAAAACGACAGCACUGUCUCCUGCCUCGCCGCACAUAGCUGGAUGUCAUCAGACUUGCCCAUUCAUAUCAGCAGACUUGGACAAUGGUCAGCAAGCUGGCUGGAUGGAAUGGGGGACCACAUUCUACACAUGGCAUGGCCAGGACCUUGUUUAGCGUUGGACACCUGUGAUGGAGUUCAUCAGAAGAGAAAGUGUGGAAUCUCCCACUCUCCUCCGGGUGCUGAGCAAGAAGCAGAAUAUUUUUCCACCAUGAGCACAGACAAACAACCUGAAUUUACCACCCCAGAGGGAGACGGGAUGGAAGUUUGCAGUGAUGUUGCAGAUGUGAAGCCACAGGAGGAGGAAGAAGAGAGGGAGGACAAUUCAUUCAGUGAGAAUGGAAUGCAGUGUGCUGAAGGUGCGAUUAAGACAGAGGCAGAGGAGACGGAAGACAACGGACAGUUCACCAAGGCUGAAAAGGAAGGAGAGAUUGUACCUAAAGAGGAGGCGGAGGCCAGUGAGGACGGGAUGGAGGAAGCAUUUGAUGACCAGAGAACAGAGGAGGACGAUGAUGAGGAGAGGGACGGGGAGGGGGAUGAAGAGGAGGAUUCCCUGAACGAGCCACAGGACCUGUCAGUGGUGGACUACACGCGAUACGACAGCACGGCCCUGCCAGACGCCCACGCAGGGGCGACCGCCUGUGCAGAUGGGACUUAUGUGUCUGGAGCCUUGGCGCCCCGCAUCCAGACAUCAGGCAAGCUCAAUUGUGACAUUUGUGGCCUGUCCUGCGUCAGCAUCAACGUACUGCUGGUGCACAAGCGCAGCCACACGGGUGAGAGGCCAUUCCACUGCAGUCAGUGUGGGGCCUCCUUCACCCAGAAGGGAAAUCUGCUUCGCCACAUCAAACUUCAUUCCGGGGAGAAGCCUUUCAAAUGUCCCAUGUGCAGCUACGCCUGCCGACGGCGUGACGCCUUGAGCGGGCACCUGCGCACCCAUUCUGUAGAGAAGCCCUUCAAGUGCAACCACUGCAGUCGCAGUUACAAGCAACGCAGCUCCCUUGAAGAACACAGAGAGAGGUGCCAUGUGUACAUUCAGAGCAAAGGUCCCGCCGAGAGAGAGGACGGUCAGACUUCCAGGACUCAGAUGGGCACUGAGCGUGCUCUACUGCUCGACCGGCUUGCCAGCAACGUAGCCAAACGGAAGAGCUCAAUGCCACAGAAGUUCACUGGCGACAACGGUGUCUGCCUGGACCUGAGCUUUAACAGGGAGCUGGUCCAGCGGACUGACAUCAAGGACCCUCCGCCGGGCUCCCCAGGGCCCGACGCCCACCAUCAGCCCGUUCUCACAGGGCCGGACAACGAUCCAUCUCCCUCCCACAGGCCCUACCCCAUCCCGUUAGGCCGCAAUGACAUCAGCCCCAUGGGCCUCACCAACGGCCACAAGAUGGGCAUGCCGCUCCUGGGACUCCCUCACGUCACCCAGCCCCCCCUCAGCAUGGACUCGUUCCACGCUGAAGGUUCUCAGAUGUCUCAGCCCGUCAUGUACAGCCUGGGGCACCUGCUGGGAGGGCUGAACCACCAGAACGGCAUUCCCCACCCACACAACCAGCCCAUCCCCUUAUCCCCGCUGGAGGCUUUACGGGUGGUGCGAGCCGAUGGGGAGGCCGGAGCAUUGCCCGGGGCAGUGUACCCCUGUGGCCACUGUAGGGUGAUCUUCCUGGACUACGUCAUGUUCACCAUCCACAUGGGCUGCCACGGCUUCCGUGACCCACUCGAGUGCAACAUGUGUGGCCACCGCAGUCGGGACCGUUACGAGUUCUCUUCCCACAUAGCCCGUGGCGAGCACCGCCUAGAACUGAAGUAGCUUUCAUUCAUGUACAUUUUCAUGCUUACACACACACACACACACACACACACACACACACACACACACACACACACACACACACACACACAUUUACAAACACACAUGCUCAGGUAACACUGUGUGAGCACAUACACAGAUUUACUCAUAUAAGUAGCUGGUAGUAUCUGAAAUGACAGCGCGAAGUAGCAGCUAUCUCUCGCUCUCUCUCUGUGUGUUUGUGUGUGUGUGUUUUGUGUGUGUGUGUAAGAGAAAGAGAUUGAGACGUUAUAUGGUGUGACGAGUGUCAGAGUGUUCUUACUCACACUGUAGUCAUCUGAAACGAUGGCCUAUUAAGUGUUUAUGAGGGACUAAUUCAGUAACAUUUGUUCUUAAUGAUCCCUGCUGUAGCCACUGUUUAUAUAGUUUAUUAACCAUAUGCCAAAUGUAAGUUCAAAUGGCUGCAAAAAGUAGCAAAAAUGCAUGUUCCUGUGGUGUACCUGCUCCUGUUUCUCUGGGAUCUGUAUAAAGGUGUAAUAAAUAAAAGAAUUUCUUUUGUCCUUCA